AAAUUUGGUGUCAUGUGACCAUACAUUCUAAAGGACUCCGUCAUUUCUAGUUUGUUGUGAAGAGGAGAAGUAUAUGGGACAAGAAAUUCGUGAACUGAACCUGUAUUGUUUCUCACACUGAAGUAACUGGGACCUGGGACCUUGAUGGCAGAACUCAGUUUCCGGGUUGUGUUUCUGUUGGUCCUGACUUCAUGUUACAUUGAUGUCUGUCAGCCUGCUAAACUGAACAUGCCCAAAGUUCUGCUCCCUUUGGCCAGGAGCACAAAGAUCAACUUCACACUGGAGGCCAAUGAAGGCUGCUACAGAUGGUCAUCAAACAAACCAGGGGUGGUGAGUGUUGAAUCUGUAGACAUGGACGAGCGUCAUUGUUCCCAGAGAGCUGUACUUCAGGCUCACUCCAAUCAGCUCUCGCGCCUCACUAGUAUUAUUCUAGCAGAGGAUGUUGUGACUGGACAGGUGUUACGCUGUGACGCCAUCGUGGACAUCAUCAGUGAGAUUCAGAUCGUCUCCACAACACGGGAGCUUCACCUGGAGGACUCGCCCCUGGAGCUGAUGAUCCAUGCUCUGGAUUCAGAGGGAAACACCUUCAGUACUCUGGCUGGUCUGGUGUUCGACUGGAGCCUUGUGAAGGGCACAGAGACGGGAAUGCUCCCUGAUUCCUUCAGCUCGUUACGAGUGCUCCCGUUCUCAGAGUCGACCUACACACCACCAACAUACAUAUCAGAGAUGGAGCGUGUGGGGAAGCAGGGAGACAUCAUUCUGGUGUCUGGGAUUAAAAUUGGUCACGCAAAACUGAAGGCUAAAAUCCAGGAGCCGCUCUACACCCAUGUAGGAGCUGCUGAGGUGCGACUGCUGAUCCUGGAGAACAUCCUCCUGAGCCCUGCCUAUGAUGUCUACCUGCUAGCUGGAACCUCCAUCAAGUACAAGGUGCAGAAAAUCUGGCAGGGGAAGAUCACAGAACUCUCCAUGCCAUGUGAUCAGUACGAGCUCCAGCUGAAGAACAGCGUGGUCACUCCUGGAGGUGAUGCGAACUCUGCGGUAGCGGAGCUCCAUCCCAGCACCUCUACAGUCGUCGCUCUUCAGCAAGGACACACCAACAUUGUCCUGGAUCACAAGCCCCUGGGGAUGAAGGGAGUGUCUCGUUUCCCUAACAGCACGCUGUAUGUAGUGGAACCUGGAUACCUGGUGUUUAAGAUAAACCCUGGAGAACGCUGGGUUCUGGAGACUGGAAGAACCUACGAAAUCUUCAUUGAAGUGUUCGACAAGUCCAGCAACAAGAUUUAUUUAUCAGAUAACAUCAGGAUACAGCCCACAUUUCCUAAAGAGUUCUUUGAGGUUCUGGAGUCGUCUCUGAACGGAUCAUACCACCGUGUGAGAGUGCUGAAGAAAGGGCAGACGGCUGUCGAGGGGACGCUGAAGGCUGUCGUAGAUCAGAGAGGAAUCCAGCACACACUUCUUGUUCCAGUGAGGAAUGUACAGGACGUUGAAAUCUACAACCCCAUCACCCUCAAUCCCUCCAACCUUACGUUCCCAUGGCAACCGAAAGAAGGAGCAUAUCAGUACACCAUCCAGGUCACUGGAGGAAGUGAAAACUUAAACUGGUCUUCUUCAAACACGGCCGUCGCUAUGGUUACAGUGAAGGGUGUGAUGAAGACCAUGCAUGACAUCGGCGUGAGUACAGUGUACGCUCAUGACCUGCGCAACCCACUGCAUUACGGAGAGAUGAAGGUUUAUGUGAUCCAGCCUGUCAAAAUGGAGUUUGCUCCGUGUGUGGUGGAGGCUCAGGUGAAUCUCACUCUGGAGCUUCCACUGCGCAUCUUUGGCCAGCUCAGCUUGGAGGACCAAGAGAAGGUCAUGCUGAGCGACUGCUCACACUUCGACUUGCAGGUGCAGAUGGAAAAUCAUGGCGUGUUUCAGCUGCAGCAGGGGCUCUUACCCCCAGGUCAGCAGCACUGUAGCGGUGUGCGUGUACAGGCCGUAUCCCCAGGUUACACAAACUUGCUGGUCACUUACGCACACGGAGAAGUUCAUCUGAAUGCCAAGAUCACCAUCGUUGCUUACCCACCUCUCAGGGCAGUAGAUCCAGUGUCCGUUGCUCUCGUUACUCUCGGCUCAUCUAAAGACAUGAUUUUUGAGGGUGGACCGAAGCCAUGGAUUCUUGAACCUUCCAAGUUUUUCAGAAACCUGACAGCUGAGGACACUAACAGUGUCACACUGACGCUAUCAGGCCCGACGUCCCGUAACUACUUCACCCACCAUGUCAGAGCGUCGUGUCGUGCCCUCGGGGAGCAGGUGUUGGCAGUGACCAUGGGGAAUCAGCCGACUCUCACUAAUCCCUUUCCUGCCGUGGAGACCGCGGUAGUGAAGUUUGUGUGCGCUCCUCCAUCACGCCUGGCACUUGUCCCUGUCUACACCACCUCUCAGCUCGACCUGGCCUGCCCCCUGCUGCAGCAAAACGAACAAGUGGCUCCUGUGUCUAAUUACCGGAACCCAGAGUUGGACGUGGUGGCGUUUGACCAGCAAGGAAGAAGGUUUGAUAACUUUAGCUCUCUGAGUAUGAUGUGGGAGUCGUCCAAAGCAGCGCUGGCCAGCAUCAAGCCCAACAAGCCCAUGGAGCUGUACGUCAGUGAGGAGACCAACACCAAGCAGAAGAAGCUUCACGGACGUCAGAUGGUGUUUGUUCAUCAUGAGUCAGGUGUAGCAGCCAUCACUGUGAGUGCGCUGGGCUACCAGACAUCUCACCUGAAGACAGCGGCUGUUCUGACAGGGUUUGAGCCCCUAAUGGUGGUCUCUGCUACAUUGGACCUGCUGUUGGUUGAGGAUGUGACUGUGACCCCACAGUCUGUCUCCAUUUAUAAUCACCCUGAUGUUCGGCUCAUGCUCCUGCUGCAGGAAGGCUCUGGUUAUUUCUUCAUCAAUAGCAGUGUUCAGGGAAUCGCUAAUGUGGAGUUUCAGGAGUCUCGGGGAACUGCUGAGGUGGUUCCAAUGCACCCUGGUGUCCUCCAGGUGAUGAUCCAUGACCUCUGCUUAACUUUUCCUGCCCCUGCCACAACCACAGUGCACAUUUCAGACAUCCAGAAGGUUUAUAUGCAUGUAAUGGAUAAGGUGGAGAUCGGGAAGUCCGUGAGAGCCUACGUCCGAGUUUUGGACGACAACAAAAAGCCGUUUCUUGCCAAAUAUUUUUCUCACAUGAAUCUGAAACUGAAAGCUGCAUCAUCCAUCGUGUCUCUGCAACCUUUAUCAGAGCACUAUGAGAAGGACACGGCUACGUUCCUGGUCAAAGGCUUGGUGAUCGGUCAGACUAGUAUCUCUGCUGUCCUGACAGAUAAAAACGGGAGAGAAAUCACAUCCUCACCACAACAAAUCGAGGUUUUCCCACCUUUCAAACUGCUCCCAAGGAAGGUGACGAUGAUCAUUGGGGCAGUGAUGCAGAUCACAUCAGAAGGAGGUCCACAGCCUCAGUCCAACAUCCUGUUCUCUUUAAGUGACCCACACAUUGCUUCAGUUAACAACAUCGGUCUGGUUCGAGGCGUCGCCGUGGGCAACAUGGCAGUUACAGGAGUCGUACAAGCCAUUGAGCCUGAAAGCGGGAAGCUAGUGGUGAUCUCACAGGAUCAAGUGCAGGUGGCAGUGGUGCAGCUGAAAAGCGUUCGGAUCCAAGCGCCCGUCACCAGGAUGAAGACCGGCACCAUGAUGCCAGUGUACGUGACGGGUUUAACGAGCAGCGAGAUGCCGGUCUCCUUCGGUGACGCUCUGCCAGGACUCACAUUCCACUGGAGCGUAACCAAGAGAGACAUCCUGGACGUCCACAAUCGCCAUUCAGAGGCCUCCAUUAAACUUUCUGCUGAGCAUAAUUUUGCCAUGAGUGUAUUGGGCAGUAGUAAAGGUCGCACCAGACUGAAGGUGGUGGUGCGAACCACUGUUCCAGAAGCAGGGCACUUGUGGGGCAACAAGCUGGAGCUGAGUGAUGAGAUUCAGAUCCAGGUUUUUGAGAAAUUGCAGUUGCUGAAUCCAGAAGUUCAGGCUGAAAAGAUCUUAAUGUCCCCAAACUCUUUAUUAAAGCUACAAACCAACUGGGAUGGAAUGGGAUCUCUGUCAUAUCAGAUUCUAGACUGUCCUGAUGCAGCUUCUGUGGUCCAUGUGGAUGAUCACGGCCAUCUUACCUCAGGCUCUCUGACAGGCACGGCGUCAUUACAGAUCACUGCUCAGGAGAGCUUCGGAGCUGACCAGACAAUUAUUAUUGCUGUGAAGGUGGUCACCGUCUCCUACCUGAGACUGAGCACCAGUCCAGUUUUCUACACCUCUGACAGGGAGCAGUUCCCGGCCUUCCCCCUCGGCUCUGUACUCACCUUCACUGUCCACUUCCACGACAGCAACGGUGAAGAGCUGCACAGACACAACUCACAGCUCACCUUCUCCACCAACAGGGAUGACCUGGUGCAGGUGGAUAAAGAUGUGAGUAACAGUUCUCUCACAGUGAGGACAGUAAAUGCGGGUUUGACGUUGUUGAGCGUUUGGGAUUCGGAGCAGAGCAGCCUGGUGGAUUACGUCAGUCUUCCUGUUCAUCACGCCAUCCAGCCGGCUGAGGCCCACAACCUGGUGCCUGCUGACGUUGUGUGUUUUUCAGCCCGGCUCUUUAGCCAUGAAGAUCUCUCUGGAACAUGGAGCUCAUCAUCCAGCUCCAUCCUGGAGAUCCAUCCCAAGACGGGUGUAGCUGUAGCUCGAGAUGUGGGCACAGUCACUGUUUAUUAUGAGAUACCAGGACAACUGCGCACUUACAGAGAGGUCGUUGUGAACACCGUCUCCAGGACCGUCGCUACGGUUCCCUCAGACUCUGUGAGGAACGAGCGAGAGACCAAAGUGCACCUGACCACCAAAGAAGGAGGAACCAACCUCAUUGGAAGCUGCUCGCCCAUUCAGGUGGAAAGCAUCGUCUCUCUACAGCCCGAGAAGUCCAUCAGUUGCCAUCUGCAGUUCACCAGCAAUGUCGUCGACUUCUCUGCUCAUGACGUCUAUAACACACACACUACUUUUGACCCCAGCACAGGUGUGUACAGCUGUGUGUUGACCCGCGGCCCGUUGACGGAGCAGCAGGUGAAGGUUCUGGGCAUGUCCAUGAGCAGUGUGAGGGUGGAGGCGGGUGUGGAGGGAAGUCGUUUUACAGGAGAGCGAGUUGGCACUGAUCUGCUGGUGAAUCCUGGGUUCUACGCCGAUCAAACACGCAUCAUCCUGAGCAGCCAACACAGAACAGCUGAGCUCAGUGUGUUCAGUGCUACAGGAGUGUUGCAGCACCUGCAGGUGAAGUCGAGCUCUCCCUCCAUCCUGGUCCAGGAGAAGGAGGUCUCCCCCACCUACCCGAGCUUCAUCAAAUACACAGUGACUCUGCUUAACCUGCAGGACACGAUGCCUGCCUCUCUGACCGUGUCGAGUCCCAGCAGCAAACAGCAGCUGCUCAUUCCCAUCACUGUCCUACAACCAGACCCCAGCUCCACCAGCAGAGAAGGAGAUGGAGUCGGGAUCCUGCAGCAGUUCAUGGACUUGGACUCGUACCAGGUCAUGUUCUACACCCUGCUUGCUGUCCUGGCCUGUAUGGUGGUCAUCUUUAUCGUGCGUUGCCUGAACCCGGGACGCUGAGAUCAGCCACAAACAUGCAGUCGACCUGUUUCAAGUGCCUUUAACACUGUGUGUGUGUGUGUGUGUAGCUUCCUGCUAUUUACCGGUGUUUUCUGUGUGGUUCUGCUUGUUUGGAUGAUUAUAGAAUUUGGGCUGCCUUUUUUCUCUCUCUGCUUCUUUUAUAACUCUGGGCAUUCUUAUUCCAGUCCAUGUGAUGAAUCUGUGAACACAUGAAAACUCAUUACCUCACAUCAAACCUGUCAAUCAUGUGAUGUAGUUUAUUAUUAUUAUUAUUAUUAGAGUAUUUUGAAUAUACCAGGCACCACCGUGGCCUCAUUGAAUCUGUCCUCGUCAUGCAGCACUGAAGAUGUGUGAAAGUUUGGCCAGUUUUUUGUGAAGUAAUAAUGUUUCUACUGUUUUCAUUAAGUCUUCAAGGCUGCCAACUCUCACGCAUUCAGCGUGAGACUCACGCAAUUGACCCAAUUCUCACACUCUCAUGCCACACCCCCAUAUUCUCACGCCACACCCCCAUAUUCUCACGCCACACCAUCAUAUACUCACGCCACACCCCAUAUUCUCACACCACACCCCCAUAUUCUCACACCACACCAUCAUAUACUCAUGCCACAUCCUCAUAUUCUCACGCCACACCCCCAUAUACUCAUGCCACACCCCCAUAUUCUCACACCACACCCCCAUAUUCUCACACCACACCCCCAUAUUCUCACAGCACACCCCCAUAUUCUCACACCACACCCCCAUAUUCUCACGCCACACCCCUAUAUUCUCACACCACACCCCCAUAUUCUCAUGCCACACCCGCAUAUUCUUACACCACACCCCCAUAUUCUCACACAAAGCAAUGUGCAGAGAGACCAGACAGACAGUGUAGUGAGAUUUGUGUGACAAUUGUGAUGGAAAUACACAAUUUAUUCCCAUAAACUGUGUAGUCAGCCGUUCUCCCUCCCAUCUGAACCGUGUGAAUUGUGAACGCAGGCAGGUCAGUGAAUUCCAGGGCGCUCAGUGUCUCCGCCCAGUUUAGACUAGUAACUAAUAGGCCUGUUAUAUACUUUAUAUAGAAUUAAGUUAGCAUUAGAAGAGUUGAUUGUUUUGCAGCACUAAGCAGUUAUUUUACAUAACUUUAUCAUAAAAAACAGUACUAAAGCAUUUCCAGAUGACAAAUAUCUGGACAUGCCUAGUAGUUAAUGUUAAUUAUUGUUUUCUAAGAACAGAAUGUCAAGUCAAUGACAUCCCAUAAUAAAAUGAUUUUAUUUAUAUCAAUCACAACUCAUCAAUCAUGUCCAGAUAUUUGACUGGUGGUGGUGUCAGAAUGGAUUUGGAUAUGGAUUUCUUUUCUAGGAUGUUAUCUAAAGUGUCAGGGACAUGUUAAUCUGUGAACAUGUUAAUUACAUGUUAAUCUGUGAACAUGUUAAUCACAUGUUAAUCCU